AUGUUUCUCUUUGUUAUCUUCUUCGUGCUUGUUACUCAUGUUGGUUCUAUUAUGCCUGGGGAGCUCAAACCCGACAACAUAUUCCUCUUAGCAGGACAAAGCAACAUGGCUGGUCGAGGAGGUGUCUAUAAUGACACUGUAACCAACUUGCUCAAGUGGGAUGGACUGGUUCCUCCACAAUGCACUCCCACUCCCAAAAUCCUCACACUCUCUUUAAACAAGACUUGGGAGAUAGCUCGUGAACCUCUCCAUAAGGAAAUUGAUAAUCUGAAGACCUGCGGGGUGGGACCAGGAAUGCCCUUUUCCAACCAAAUAUUGGCAGAACGACCAGACUUUGGCGUGAUUGGUCUGGUCCCUUGCGCAAUAGGAGGAACAAAGAUAGAACAGUGGCAAAAGGGUACAAUACUGUAUAAUCAGUUGAUGGAUAGGGCAAGAGCUGCAAGCCAAAGUGGUGGACGUAUUUGUGCACUGCUUUGGUAUCAAGGAGAGAGUGAUUGUGGAGAGCAAGACGCCAUGCUCUAUAAGGGAAGGCUGGAGAAGUUUUUCAAUGAUGUUCGACAAGAUCUCAACUCUCCUUACCUCCCUAUUAACUUGGUUGUAAUUUCUAGUGGAGAAGGAGAGUUCCUAACAUCUGUAAGAGAUGCUCAGCUGAAUAUAAACCUGAGUAAUUUCAAUAGCGUUGAUUCUGUGGGCUCAACCUUUAUAGCAGAUCAUCUGCAUUUGGAUACACGUUCUGCUGUUCGCAUUGGUCAAAAGCUAGCUGAUAGUUUUCUAUACAUCAUUAGCCCUAGAAGUAAUUAA